CGGAUCUCAGUGUCUUUUCAUACUCAGCACGUAUCCUGAGCAACAACACUCCAGUCCGACAUAGAAAAUACAUUGAAAGCAAGGUAGGAGUUGGAAGGUACGUUGAGACGAGGACGGCAUAAAGAAAAGCGUUCGAGACGCUGAGCGCUUUCAAGUUUCCAGUUGAUCGAUAAUAGACGCUCAUACGAAUUCCCUACCUGCGCAGGCGCCGCUUCUCGAGAUUCUUAUCAGACCUUGGCCCAGAUUCCAAUAACGUAAAACUGUGCUGUAACGCUGCCGUGGACCAGGUCAUCUAAUGGGCCGCAAACAGUCGCGUCUUUCUGGUCUUUCUUUCUUUGUUCAAGAAGCCUUCGGACAACCUACCAAUGGUUUGAACACUCAACCUACGACCGAAGCCUCGUCUACUAGUGUUGUGGCUGCUGGUGUUGUAAGAAAGGCGUCGGAGGUUGACGCGGAAGAUGAAAAUACCCAACCUACGAAGAAGCGAAAAGUUGGCCUUCUCGGAGCUGGGAAUGAGAAGUAUGAUGCUACUGGACUCGUACCGCAUUAUACUGACCCUUCAGAAGUACCUGAACAUCUGCGUAAAUACUUCUUCCAACGGCAGCGAUACUUUUCAUUGUAUGCUGAGGGCUGUCUUCUCGAUGAAGAAGGCUGGUACAGCGUGACUCCAGAACUCAUAGCGGACCAGAUUGCUGAGCGUUGUCGUUGUAACACGAUACUUGAUGCUUUCUGUGGGGUUGGCGGGAACGCCAUAGCUUUUGCCAAGACUUGUGAACAUGUCAUUGCCCUCGAUACUUCACCCCUCAGGCUAGCGCUUGCACGACAUAAUGCAGUCAUCUACGGCGUCGCUGACCGGAUAGAGUUCAUCCUCGCUGACUAUAUCUCCUUUGCACGCUCAUACCUCACACUUCCCAACAAGGAUACCCGAAAAAUUGAUGUCGUCUUCCUUAGCCCUCCUUGGGGUGGUCCUGAAUACCUGGAUGGUCAGCCAAACUCGGAGAAAACCCCAACACAACCGGACUCGAGUGCAGAAGAACAGGAUCAGCAUCCAGAAUACAACUUGUCAAGUAUACAACCGAUACCUGGCGCGGAGCUAUUCAAGCUAACACGGAAGAUCACAAAAAACGUUGCAUAUUUUCUACCUCGCAAUACUAAUCUCAAUGAGAUAUCUGAGCUUCUGGGCGGCGAUGAGUCGAAGCCAAACGGCAAGGGCAAGCAAAGGCAAAGAGGGACUUCAAAUGAUGAGGAGAUGGUGGAGGUGGAAGAGGAGUGGAUGGGUUCUAAGCUCAAAGCGCUGACGUGUUACUUCGGUGGACUUGUCGCAGGACAGGAACGUUUGUACGAUACCUAAUCUACAUCGCUCUAAUCAAUUGGGUGAGUCAUUUUGGUCUGGGGAUUCCA